GAUAUCAAAACAGACUUGUUUUGACACAUUUCUCACGCAAAAGCUACGAAAUUAUUUGGAUUUCCGAAACAAUUUUUAAUUUCUUUCAGUAGCUUUUCGCGGGGUUGAGCGAAUUUAGCUUGAAUAUUACAAAAAUGAAGCUCACGAUCAAAAUUCUCAAAGGUGACGAGUAUGUUGUUGAGGCCACUGAAGAGUCCACCAUCCAGGACAUUAAGCAAGACCUGGAGCGAAAAUCGUCCAUUCCGGCCGAGCACCAGAAGCUGCUGCUGGUAGGAAAGACCCUGUCCGACGAAAAAACGCUGGCCUCUUACGGGAACAUACGCGACGGAACGAAGCUCACGCUGGUCGUCAAAAAGCCCGACCCACUGCGGGAGGUCAUCUUCAGACAGUUCCGCAAGUACCUGAUCCCGGAGGAGCAGUCGCAGCGGUUAACCAACGUUUUUAUGGAGGACUUUGAUCGAAAAAUCCAGCAGCUCAGCUUGGACGACCUGGAGCGUCUGGCAAGCGAUAUUUUGGCCAAAAAGGGCCAGAAUGUGUGAUGAAAUUGGGAGAUGAUGUUGGGUUGUUUUUAAAAAUAAAAUAUAUUGAGUGUGACCACGAAAAA